CACGCACGCGCUCACUGCCCUUUACUUAACUCGCAAGGACACAACGCAAAUCCUCCUCUGCUGAAUUCUGUUCCUCAUCUCCUCCUCCACUUCUCCCUCCAUUUACGCGCCAUUAUCCCCGGAGUGAGCUCCAUCAGCUCAGCUCUAUCCCCACUCCCGCCGGAAAUCCCUCUCCGCCUCUCACCUCCCACGACCGCCUCGCACCAAGAUCUCGAGCUACGCCACGAGCUUCAUGCCGUCCUAGCGCGCCCUCCCACCGCCCAAUUAAAACGCCCCUUCUUUUUAUGGAGUUCACGCGCAGGCGGCGCGUGUACAAUGCCGCCGUCCCAAGCGCCUGCUUCCUGCUCUUCCUCCUCCUCCUCCUCCUCGCCGCCUCCCUCCUCCCCUCAUCCUCCCCCGCCACAAAUCACGUCCUCAAGUUGACGUCGUCCGCGCCCCCGUCCACGUCCCCUUCCUCCGGCAAGAACGAGCCGGGCAACUGCGAGGACCUGGAGGCCCUCGACGGCGCGGAGGCCAAGUGCUCCUACAUCCUCUCCCACACGCCCUGCGCGCCGGCGGGUUACGUCGACUACCUCCGCCUCUUCUACUGCGGCUUCGGCGCCGCGCCGGCCGCCGUCGGCUACGCGGCCUUCCUGCUCUGGCUCCUCGUCCUCUUCUACCUCCUCGGCGACACCGCCUCCGAGUACUUCUGCGCCUCCCUCGAGGGCCUCUCCGCGGCGCUGCGCCUCCCGCCCGCCGUCGCGGGCGUCACGCUCCUCUCCCUCGGCAACGGCGCGCCCGACGUCUUCGCCAGCGUCGUCUCCUUCGCCGCCGGCGACGGCGGGGACGGCGGCGGCGUCGGCCUCAACAGCGCGCUCGGCGGCGCGCUCUUCGUGUCCACCGUCGUCGCCGGCGUCGUCGCGCUCGCCUCCGCCGCCGGGUCCCGCGGCGGGGCCGUGGUGGAGCUGAGCGGGUUCGUCCGCGACCUCUGCUUCCUCUUCUUCGCGCUCUGCUUCCUCGUGGCGGUCCUCGCCACCGGCACCGUCACCGUCUGGGUCGCCGCGGCCUUCGUCUCCCUCUACGCCGCCUACGUCCUCCUCGUCUGGACCUCCCAGUGCUGCGCCCGCGCCGACGCGGGCAAGCCGGACCUCGCCGACCCGCUCCUCCUAGACGACUCCGACGCCCCCACCCUCCCGUCCCACUCCGCCAAGCCGACGGACCCCGAGAAAAAAUCGCGUCUUCAACGCGUCCUGCACGCGCUCACCAUGCCGCUGUACCUCCCGCGGCGCCUCACCAUCCCGGACAUCGCGGGGCACCGCUGGCACAAGCCCUACGCCGUGGCGUCCGCCGCGCUGGCGCCGGUCCUGGUCGCCACGACCUUCACCUCGCGGAGCCCCGCGGCGGCCUCGCUCGACCACGGCCACGGCGUCGGCAUCCUGCUCGCCAGCGCCUUCCUGGGCCUCCUCCUGGUGGCCCUCGCCGCGUCGACCACGGACCGCGACUCCGCGCCCCGCAGCCGGCGUCACCGCGUGCCGUGGCUCGCCGCGGGGUUCCUGAUGAGCGUGCUCUGGGCCUACACGCUGGCGCGGGAGCUGGUGGCGCUGCUGGUGGCCAUCGGGUACAUGGUGGGCGUGGACUCGGGCGUGCUGGGCGUCACCGUGCUGGCGUGGGGGGACUCGCUGGGCGACCUCGUCUCCAACGUCGCCAUGGCCACGCACGGCGGGCCCGGCGGCGCGCAGACGGCCGUGUCGGCCUGCUACGCCGGCCCGCUGUUUAACACGGUGGUGGGGCUCGGGCUGUCGCUCACGCUGGCGGCGGGCGCGCAGUACCCGGCGCCCUUCACCAUCCCGGCGGACGGGGCGGUGUACGAGACGGUGGCGUUCCUGUUCGCCGGGCUGGCGUGGGCGCUGCUGGUGGUGCCGGCCAGGGGGAUGCGGCUGGGCCGGGUGUACGGGGUCGGCCUCAUCGUCAUCUACCUCUGCUUCUUCGGCACCCGCGUCCUCAACAGCCUCGGCCUCUGGUAGCAGCGAGCCGCGCAGCAAGCGUCAGCGUGAACACACACACGAUGCCGCUGCUGCUGCUCUGCUCCCCGUCCGUCAAUGGCGGCCGGCCACUGAUUGUACGUAGAAGCGCUAGCGGAUCGGAGGAGGAUGAUGAUGAUACGUAGAUAGAUCAGAUGAUGUACAGUAGUAGUAGUAGCGAUCCGCCCGGUAAUGCUAGGAUCACGUAGCGGAAUUUAGGGAUGUAAUUGUUCAUUGUUUUGAUUCCCAUCCAGUUGCAGUCCGUGAAAUGAACACAUGCCACUUCUUUCA